GGGGCCGCGCCGCCAUGUCGGCGCUGGGGGCGAUGGAGCCGGGCCCGGGGGGGUCCCUGUUCCGGCCCCUCAGCGCCGAGGACGGCGAGCAGCAGCCCGCGGAGAUCGAGUCCCUCUGCAUGAACUGCUUCCGCAACGGAGUGACGCGGCUCCUGCUCACCAGGAUCCCCUUCUUCAAAGAGAUCAUCGUCAGCUCCUUCUCCUGCGACAGCUGCUCCUGGUCCAACACGGAGAUCCAGUCGGCGGGCAGGAUCCAGGAGCAGGGCGUGCGCUACGCCCUGGCCGUCACCUCGCGCCAGGACAUGAACAGGGAGGUGGUGAAGACUGACUGUGCCACGGCUCGAAUUCCAGAGCUGGACUUCGAGAUUCCUGCCUUCUCCCAGAAGGGAGUGCUCACCACCAUCGAGGGGCUCAUUGACAGAGCUGUGGCAGGCCUGGAGCAGGACCAGCCCGUGCGCAGGGCGACAGACCCGGAGGUGGCCGGGAAAAUAGACGAGUUCAUUGGGAAGCUGAGGCAGCUGAAAGAAGGGAAUUCCCCCUUCACCUUCAUCAUCGACGAUCCCUCGGGGAACAGCUUUGUGGAGAACCCCCACGCGCCGCGGCGGGACGAGGCCCUCGUGGUCACCCACUACAGGAGGACCCCCCAGCAGGCUGCUCUGCUGGGACUGGAGGGGGAGGAGGUGGAUGCGAAGCCACCUGAUGCUGCAGAGGAUCUGAGGGACGAGGUCCUGCAGUUCAACACCAACUGCCCCGAGUGCAACGCCCCGGCCAGCACCAACAUGAAGGUGGUGCAAAUCCCACACUUCAAGGAAGUGAUUAUCAUGGCCACAAACUGCGACUCCUGUGGGCACAGGACGAAUGAGGUGAAGUCUGGAGGAGCGAUUGAACCGCAAGGCACCAGGAUUACCCUCCGGAUUACGGACCCUUCCGACAUGACAAGGGACAUCCUGAAGUCUGAGACGUGCAGUGUGGAGAUCCCAGAGCUGGAGUUUGAGCUGGGCAUGGGAGCACUGGGGGGGAAGUUCACCACGCUGGAGGGGCUGCUGAAGGACAUCCGUGACCUGGUGGAGAGGAACCCCUUCACUCUGGGGGACAGCUCCACGCCCAGCAGGACGGGGAAGCUGCAGGAGUUCAUUGGGAAGCUGCAGGAGAUCAUAGAUGGGAAGACCAAGGCUCAUUUCAUCAUGGAUGACCCUGCAGGCAACAGCUACCUCCAGAACGUGUACGCCCCGGAGGAGGACCCGGAGCUGAGGGUGGAGCGCUACGAGCGCACGUUCGAGCAGAACGAGGACCUGGGGCUGAACGACAUGAAGACGGAGGGCUACGAGCCUGAGGAUGCCUCAGGCCGGUAGCAGGGGGUGCAGCCCGACCCCUCCAGACCCUUCCCCAACCGCUCCAGGGACAAGGACUUUUCUGGGGCCGGGACUCUUCUCCCCUUCCUGGGAGGCGGGAGCUGCUCCAGGCCGAAGGCAGCGGGGCUGGGCC